AUGGCAUUAAUCGCUUUGAAGCGGCUACAGGCAUCCGUGCCGAGUCAAGAUUUGCAGCACUUUUGCUGGCUGGUUUUUGACCUGCUGCAAAAGGGCUGGCUUCUCCCCUCCCCGGUGCUGGACGUAGUUCUGCAAUACCUAGGGGUGAGAUUCGGAUCCGGCUCACUUGCGCAAGUGGCAGCAGAAGGCUUCGAUGAAGUGCUUUCUACCAUUCAGAAGGACGGCCGCUUGACUCUCACGGGCAGGAACUGCGAGGAGCACGACGUACCCGAAGGCCUUCCUCCAGCGAAAGCUUUGGCCGCAGGCUUCUUCCACACCUGUCUCUUGACCAUGAAGCAUGAAGUCGUGUGCUUCGGAGACAACAGCGACGGCCAGUGUGACGUGCCUGCAGCACUUGGUCCUGCGGCGGUCGUGGCGGCAGGAGGUUAUCACACUUGUGUCGUGACAAGCGACGGAUCACUCGUCUGCUUUGGAGACAACAGUCUAGGCCAGUGCGACGUACCACAAGACCUCGGUCCUGUGACGUUUGUGGCUGCAGGGUUCGAACACACGUGCGCGGUGACGGCGAAGGGCCGACUCAUCUGCUUCGGCGGCAACCACGAAGGCCAGUGCGAUGUGCCUUUGGACUUGGGCCCCGUGGUUUCGGUUGCGGCAGGCAGUCACCAUACCUGCGCCUUGCUCCAGGGUGGCCAGGUAGUGUGCUUCGGACGCUUGGUAGCCCAGUGGUACCCUUCUCAGGGUUUAGGGGUUUAG